AGUUAUUAUUAUUAGUAUUUUUUUUUUUUUUUUUGGCUGAGCUGCACAUUUCCUGGUUCAAUGUCUUGGGCUCUGCGACCAGCUGACUGGUCGCCCUGAGUCUGGCUCGGGAUCAGUUGGUGACGCUGAAGCUGGGGUCUGUGACUUCCUGCAGAUUGAGAAGCUGGGUUCUCUGGAAGGCAGUCGGAUCCAGAGGAAGGGUAGAAGUCACACUUUUUUUCUCCCCUCCCCUGGUGGGUGCCCAGCAGGGUCUCCAUCCAGCAGUGCUGUUUUCCAUGAGCAGCUCGGGCUGGAGCCUGCUUCUGCUGUCGGGAAGGGUCUAGAUUUUGAGGAGGGUUUCCAGAAGAAGAUGCUUUGGCUGCCUGCGGUCCUGCUUGCGUUCUUAGAAGCCAGACCCGGGGAGAAAGUGAACUGUGGCAAUUGACAAGCUCAGAGGGUCUGGUUGAAGCUUCUCCCAAGACUGAGCAUUUUAUCCUCCCUGGAGAUAGGAAGAUCUGCUUGCACUGCAAGUGCCCUCAGGAGGAGCACAUGGUGACAGUGAUGCCCCUAGAGAUGGAGAAGACUGUCAGCAAACUCAUGUUUGACUUCCAGAGGAACUCGACCUCAGACGACGACUCAGGCUGCGCCUUGGAGGAGUACGCCUGGAUCCCACCAGGGCUGAAGCCUGAACAGGUUCACCAGUACUACAGCUGUCUCCCAGAAGAGAAGGUUCCUUAUGUCAACAGUCCUGGAGAGAAACUUCGGAUCAAGCAGCUAUUACACCAGCUGCCGCCACAUGACAAUGAGGUUCGAUAUUGCAACUCCCUGGAUGAGGAAGAGAAGAGGGAGCUAAAGCUCUUCAGCAACCAGAGGAAACGGGAAAACUUGGGCCGAGGGAAUGUCAGACCCUUCCCAGUCACGAUGACAGGAGCUAUUUGUGAGCAGUGCGGAGGCCAGAUUAACGGCGGGGACAUCGCCGUGUUUGCAUCGCGCGCCGGCCACGGGGUUUGCUGGCACCCGCCGUGCUUCAUAUGCACCGUCUGCAACGAGCUGCUGGUGGAUUUGAUCUACUUUUACCAGGAUGGGAAGAUCUACUGUGGCAGGCACCACGCCGAGUGCCUGAAGCCGCGCUGCGCAGCCUGCGAUGAGAUCAUCUUUGCAGACGAAUGCACAGAAGCCGAGGGGCGGCACUGGCACAUGAAACACUUUUGCUGCUUCGAGUGCGAGACAGUGCUCGGCGGCCAGCGCUACAUCAUGAAGGAGGGAAGGCCCUACUGUUGCCACUGCUUCGAGUCCCUGUACGCGGAAUAUUGCGACACCUGUGCUCAACACAUAGGGAUCGACCAAGGUCAGAUGACCUACGAUGGCCAACACUGGCAUGCCACCGAGACCUGUUUCUGCUGUGCUCACUGCAAGAAAUCCCUCCUGGGGCGGCCGUUCCUCCCAAAGCAGGGCCAGAUAUUCUGCUCACGGGCCUGCAGCGCAGGGGAGGACCCCAAUGGCUCUGACUCAUCCGAUUCGGCCUUCCAGAACGCCAGGGCCAAGGAGUCCCGGCGCAGUGCCAAAAUCGGCAAGAACAAGGGCAAGACAGAGGAGCCCAUGCUGAACCAGCACAGCCAGCUGCAGGUGGGCUCCAACCGGCUGUCGGCCGACGUGGACCCCCUGUCGCUGCAGAUGGAACUGCUCAGCCUGUCCAGCCAGACGCCCAGCCUCAGCCGGGACCCCAUUUGGAGGAGCCGGGACGAGCCCUACCAUUACGGGAACAAGAUGGAGCAGAACCAGUCCCAGAGUCCUCUGCAGCUUCUCAGCCAGUGCAACCUCAGAACUUCCUACAGUCCGGGAGGGCAGGGGGCUGGGGCCCAGCCCGACAUGUGGGGCAAGCACUUCAGCAACCCCAAGAGGAGCUCAUCACUGGCCAUGAAGGGGCACGGCGGCAGCUUCAUGAAGGAAUGCCGUGAGGACUAUUACCCGGGAAGGCUGAGAUCCCAGGAGAGCUACAGCGAUAUGUCCAGUCAGAGCUUUAGUGAAACCCGAGGCAGCAUCCCAGUCCCCAAAUACGAAGAGGAGGAGGAGGAAGAAGAAGGGGGCAUAUCUACUCAGCAGUGUCGGACCCGCCAUCCAAUCAGUUCCCUGAAAUACACCGAGGACAUGACGCCCACAGAGCAGACCCCUCCUGGCUCCAUGGAAUCACUGGCCCUGUCGAAUGCAACAGGCCUGUCCGCAGAUGGUGGCGCCAAGCGCCAGGAGCACCUGUCCCGGUUUUCCAUGCCUGACCUCAGCAAAGACUCUGGAAUGAAUGUCUCUGAGAAGCUGAGCAACAUGGGCACUCUAAACUCGUCCAUGCAGUUCCGGAGCGCAGAGUCCGUCCGCAGCCUGCUCUCCGCCCAGCAGUACCAGGAGAUGGAGGGAAACCUCCACCAGCUCGGCAACCCCAUCGGGUACAGAGACCUGCAGUCCCACGGAAGGAUGCACCAGAGCUUUGACUUCGAUGGAGGGAUGGCAGGCAGCAAGCUGCCAGGGCAGGACGGCAUGAGGAUCCAGCCCAUGAGCGAACGCACGCGGAGGAGAAGUACCUCCCGUGAUGACAGUCGCCGCUUCCGACCUCACCGGUCCAGGCGUUCCCGGCGCUCUCGCUCCGACAACGCCCUGCACCUGGCCAGCGAGCGCGAGGCCAUCUCCCGGUUAAAAGAAAGGCCCCCCCUCAGAGCCAGGGAGGACUAUGACCAGUUCAUGCGCCAGCGGAGCUUCCAGGAGAGCCUGGGCCAAGGCUCCCGCCGGGACCUGUACGGCCAGUGCCCGAGAACGGUGUCGGACCUGGCUCUGCAGAAUGCCUUUGGGGAGCGAUGGGGACCCUACUUCACCGAGUAUGAUUGGUGUUCCACCUGCUCUUCCUCUUCGGAGUCUGACAACGAGGGCUAUUUCCUAGGAGAACCAAUCCCCCAGCCCGCCCGCCUGCGCUACGUCACGAGCGACGAGCUGUUGCACAAAUACAGCUCUUACGGCCUCCCCAAGUCUUCCACGUUAGGGGGCAGGGGACAGGUGCACAGCAGGAAAAGACAAAAGAGCAAAAACUGUAUCAUUUCCUAAUACGAUUGGGGUCAGGGAAUGGGGGAAGAUGGGAGCUAAGAAUGUAAAGUCAGAAACUUGCACUGUUUUAAAAUGUAAAGCGCUUUUGGGGGGGGUGGUUGCUGGAGGAGAAGAGGGAAACGCUGGCAGUUGAUGGAGGCAAGGUCAUAGACUGACUCAAUAGGUAGUCGCAGUUCUCGGCAUGUUGAAUAUUAUUUGCACAUUUCACUUUGGAAACGCUAUAGACUCUGUGGAGGCCAGAGUUGGUCACCUCCUUCCCGUCAGUCUGUGUUGAGUCGCCUUUCGCAAGAUGGCAAGUUGUUUCCCGCUCGCUUAUAUCCUCUCUGGCUCUCUCUUACUUUUAGGACCCUUUUUCCAGUAAGUAAUUUGUUUAUUAGCCAGGACCCCAGACUAAGUUAUUUACAUGUCCAUUGUAAAUGCAAUGUAAAUGAGAGUUCUGAUAAAAUAUUUUUGUAUUUUGUAAUAUCAAAGGAAUUUCUAUAUCGUAGGACUCAGUGAAGCCUUGCAUGCAUACCCAGCGUCGUCUUUGAGUAGUAUUCAGAGGUGGUCCAGGACCACCGUUUUUUUUUUUUUUCUUUUUUCUAUACAAAUUUGUUACAUGUCAGUGAGACCUUUUUCAAAGGAGUUUAUUCAAUUUGGCUUUUUGUGGCUGAAAAAAAAAAUUAUUACACCCAAAGCAUUCUAUGCUCCAUUCUAUCUUCAGGAGAGACAUCCUUAGGUCUGCUCCCACCCUCGGUAGAAUUUAUUCUCUACAAAGUGAUAGUAAUUUUUAUUAAAAUUGCAAACGUAACUUUUGCCAAUUAGAGAAACCAACCAGUGUCAGUCAAAUCCCGUGAGAAACGCCAUCCCUGCUGGGAACACUGAAGUUGCUCACUGUUGACCUGUCCCUUGGGGAUAGUGAAAGUGCCCGUGAGUGGUGCCGUUGUGUGAUGUCCGCAUGACGUUGUUUUGAAUGUGGCAUUAUUUUCUGGUGCUCAUGUUUCCUGGAUUAUAUUAUCUGCUUUCCUUUACCAAGGCAGACGGAACAGCUGCCUUAGCCUGACAACCGGUUGUCCUCAGUGCAAACUUAGGCAUUAGACAUUGAGGGGCAGAAGGGUUCUGAGGGGCUCUGGGAGUGACGGGGGGUCACAUGCAGAUUGUAUGCCAUGCAUGGAGAAGGAACAAGGCAGUUUCAAAGCAGAAAGCAGGUCAAGGGUAGAGACUGAAGGGGGAUAUGAAGGAAGGUCAGAGCAAAGAACUUCUGGAAAGGAAGUAGACUAGCGGUGACCACUACCUUGAAUAACCCCACAGUGCUUUUGGAAGGAGUCCAGUUUAACCCACCCCGUAACCAGAGUGUCUGGGUUACCCAGGAGAGGGAGCUGCUCAGGAGAUUUCAGGGUAAUGGCCUUGCAAACCAACCAUUGUUGAGAAGGGGAUUUCCAUUUUGAACUUUGGGGACUGUUGGUCAGACAGAAAAUGGGCUCAAAAGCGAGUUUGCUUAAAGAAGACAUUUAGCGGUUGUGUUGUUUAUAGUAAAAAAAAAAAACAAAAAAACUUCCUACCUUGCUUCGGUUCAAAAUGAAGCGCUUGCUUUCUGUUCCAUUCUCCUCCUCCUUUUAAUGGAUUGUGGCGGUUGAAAUAAUCCAUUGGAGGACCCACCUUUAGUGAGAUGUACUGUGGAUGUAGUACACGGCGUAUCUCAGUGGCCAUCUGCCAUGGUGAGGUGAGUGUGGUCUCUUUUCAGUAUAGUAGUUAAUAUUUUCUAGUAUUUUCUUAUGGAGAGAAUGUGAAAAGUGGCUUUUCAGACACCAUCCCAAAUGGGUCUGGGGAAUAGAAGGCUAUAAAGGAUGUGGAAAUGGCACUCCAUUCAGGAUGUAUACAAAUAAUUUGCUUUUCAGGUAUUAAUAUGACAUUUGUCAUUGUCACUGAUUUUUUAAAAAAGCAAUGCAAAUGUUGGUUGUGGCUGUUUUCCGCAUGCUAUCUUCAUUAUCUAAAUGCUUCAUUAAUUAUCCAAGCCUCCGGAGAAUUAACUCUAUUACGUUUGUAUAGUAAGUUUGUAAACUGCUUGGCAAAACUGAUUAAGAAAUACUGUGCAGCACCAUGCUACUGAAGUGGCCGGUUUCUGGUAGAAAUCGGGUGAGUCCAAUGUGGAGUUUUGAGUUCCUUGGUUGACGAGAAUAAAAAGGCAUUUUGGAAAAAGAAAAGAGAGACAAAAGUAGAUCGCUUAACGUAGCCAACAGCUGAAAAAUAACGUCUGUCCUCUCUAGCCUGGAAUCCAAUGAAAGAAAUUCUCCUGGUAAAAAAAAAAAAAAGCUGCUUUCUAACUCCAUCCUUUUCAGAGUACCUCUUACUUUCCCCAGAUGAGGCUUUAGCCACCAUCCACAGAAAGAAGAUGGUAGCCAGAAAUCAACACGGAACCAUAUCCCGACAAGGGAUGGGAGGAAUAAGGGAUUUCGGAUCUAGCGGUGCAGGGAGUGUCCGGCAGCCGAACUGGUCCGAGCUUGAGAUGUAGUGAGAGGCAGGCCUCAGGGCCACACUGUGUGUAAACAAGGUCACCUCCAUGUUUUCUAUCCCUGCUCCCCACUCCACAUGCAGCCAAGCACCUUACAGAGAAUGCCCACGAGGACGGUUAAAUCAUCACAAAGAUGACGGGACCUCCAAGUGAGUGCCCUGGGGAAAGCAGGAUGUCACUGUGUUAGGAAUUACACCUCUUCGUGAUACCUUAAAUGUAACAUCGCAGAAUCCUGUUCCCAAACACUCAAUGCAUUCUUUUCUGAGGCAAGAACUUUGGGUCCUUACCGGAUUCCUCCCACAUAACCAUGAGCUCUUCUCGGUCGAGUUUUGCCUGCGAGUGGGGCUUGCAGUCACCUCUUCGUAGAUCAUCAUAUUAUCCUCAGUAGACUGUUCUAGAAAAGUAAUCUCUCUUUUCCUAGUUUCCUCUCUUCUCUAAUGCCUUAGGUUUGUUUGGUUUUUCUACCUCUCUUCAUAGUGAUCUUCUUGCCUUUUGGUUAAAACCACAACUUUGGAGUUAAGUUCAUUUCUUAUCGCUGCUCAAUUCAUUGGCAACAGACCUGGCUGUUUCCCAGGAAGAAGUAGCCAUUGACAGUUUCCUGAAUGGCCCUGCCAAUACAUACAACCUUUGAUACUGUGAACAGGUUUCUUGGCAGGCUGGUGGCAUCGAGUGUGACAUUCAGGUACCCCCCCCCUUCCUUCUGUCAUAUACUUCUGGGAUCUCUACCAAGCGUGAAGGUGAACGAGGUGAGGGAGAUCAGAACCAUGUUUCCUGGUCAUGCGCAGGUUCAAGGCAGGUAGAAUUCCUAGCGUUGGUUGGUCGAUGCCUGCUUUCUACAUUUACCUUCUCAUCUCUAGUCGUUCUUUUCUGCUCUCAGCCAGCCCCGUGAACAUUUCCAGUAGGGGGCCAGAAGGCAGCUCCUUCUCAUCUUCUUUUCACAUCCUGUAGGAUUUUCUUGCACUGCAACAAAUUAUAUUUCCUUCCCCUCCUGCAGUGGCUUUCUGCUUCUGGGGUACCACUUGCCAUUGCCGAGCUCAGGUGCAUCCGGUGAUGACAUCUAGGUGGCACAGGCUCUGUAGUCCCUGCAGCCUGGGCAGGUAUCACUGAAGUGUCCCUGUGUGCUUUCCCAGAGAGCAUGGAUACAGCCUCAGAAAUCUUUGUGACCCUCCAACCAGCCAGGAUCGGUCGACUAGAACUGAGGUUAUUUGAUAACACAGCUGAUCUGUGAACCAGUUUUUAUGUAUCUUUCCAUCUUUUGCCAUUGGCCCCCAAACGGUACACCAGCCAUUUAGGAAGCAUCGUUCAUAAGUCACGGUGGAUGCUAAAAGUGGAGGCUGACUUCUUAAAGCAAAACAAAGACCAGUCUCCGUGGCCUCCUUUUCCGUUCUCGUGUUCUUGGCCGAUUAUUACAGGCAGCCUUCUGUUCAUCCUCUUGCAGAGGUCAGAUAAGAGAGGCCAUCUCAUUCUUUGUCUAAUCCCACCUUCUAACAAGAAAUAACACAAGCAUUUCAAUUCCAAGGAGAAGUGCUCUUUGCAUAUCUCUGUCUAACAGAAACCAGAUGCUAACGCCUGAGAAGGAGGAUCUAUCUGUGACAAAGGAAAAGUGGAAAAUGAAACCAGUUAUCUGACCGUUUCAUGCCAGAAGAGUUGCCGUUAGCGACUGUUUCGCACCUUCAGGGCUUUGAAAUGGGCCCUGUGGACAGCCUUCCGGCUGCAGGGCUCAGCUAAGCCUCCUCUCCUGAUUUGGAAGGCAGUUUCAGAUUGCCACCUUUUGAGGUACGUCUCUGGAAGUACCGGGGAGGUAGAAAUGAGAGCUUUGCCUUGCCUCCAGUGCUUGGUCCCUUGGGGGCCUCAGCAGACACCCGAACUGGUUUGUCUGACCACUUGGAAGCAGUUGUCAAGGUUAGGACCAAGAAACGAUUGGAUUCCUUUUUCAUUUUCUCAUAAUAGUAGCCCAGUCAACACAAGACUGCCAUAAGCCAUGACUCACUAUUGGGAGCUAUAGUCUUUUAUAAGCUUACUUCCUGCUGACAAAACUAGCUUUCCCCAAGGGAAAUUAAAAAAAGGAGGGAGGGAAGUCAUGUAGUGUAGGAAAACAUUUCUGGUGAUUUAGGGUAGAAAAAAUUGCUCUAUCCUGAGACUUUUCAGAGACAUCCCUUCACCCUACUGGGCACUUGGCCAUUCAUGUUCAAUAGGUCACACUGACCAGCCUUUUGAGAAUUUUUUGGAGAGAGUUACCCACUAGCAAGGUCUGUUCUCCAGCCUCUCUAGUUGAUACUCAUGUGUUUCCGCAAUGCAUUUUCGUUCUAUCGUGGACCCUGACCUAACGCUCUAAGGUCUACAAGUCCUUCAUAUUCCUUAGCAAAUUAGGACUUUGGCAUUUUUCCUUCUCCCAAACACAUUCUUUCCUGUACAGAAUUGCGUUGCCCAUCUCCUGCUUUAACUCCAAGUGCAUAAACAAAACCUCAGAGGGUCUGAGAAGGUGAGGCAGGCCAGACUCCGUGUUGUGUGUCGAAUGUCAAGGCAUUUGUUAAGAAGGUCUGCAACAGGCCUUUGGUGUGGGCUCUGCCAGAGACUGUUGUGAACACUUUGCUUGAGAUCCGUGCCCUGUAAAAUGGAUAUGUUUUACUGAUGUCUGUAAUACAUUUGUAAACUUCCAAUAAAAUUUGAAUAAAAGAAA